UCUCUUUCUCUUAUUAUAUAUAUACCCAAAAAAAUCAAUUUUAAUUUUAAUUUUUUAUAUUACAAUUUAAUUAUCCAAAAAUGUCCAAAGAAGGUGUGAAGAUAGUUAUAAUAAAUACAGAAUAUAUACAAACAGAUGUUAGUAGCUUCAAAUCUGUUGUUCAAAAAUUUACCGGCAAGAAUUCAACUUCUCCGGCGCCGGUAAAGGCUACGCCGGCGGCAUACCGCCGGAGAUAUGAUCAUGGUGAUGACAAUAAGUUGUUGAAGGAUUUGUCCCCUCUAGAUGAACUUGUUGGCCUUUACACAAAUGAAGUGGUCACAAAGGGCUAGGCGGUUCAGAUCGGAAUCAUGAUUAAGAAGAGAAGGAAGUUAAGGUUUCUAAUCAAUAAGUCUUGGAAUUAUAUUGAACAUAAAUAUUGAAAAAUCAUGUAUCCCAUAAUCUUUCUACUUAGAGAGAUAAACAUGUGUAAUAUCACAUGUUAGCAAGUUUGUCAACCUUUUGCAAUUUGAUACAUCAUCAUGACAAAAAUAUAUAGCUGGAGACUAAUUUGAUAUUAUUAUAGUGGAUUAGAACUUCACAUAAAUUGAAAAUUUUAAUUGUUAAUUAUAGUCUGGUCGUAUGAAUUUGAGU